GCGGGCACGCCUCGGCGGAGCGAACGUCGGAGCGUUGCCGCGGGAGACGCGCGCCGGACAAUGCCCGCGGCGGGCCAGUGACGCCCGCGGGGAAUGCGGAGCGGCCCGGCUUCCCGCACCCAGCCGCCGCCGCCGCGCGUUUCUGCCGCCCGCGUCACGCGAGACCCGGCGGGGGCCAGGACCGCCCGAGCCGCCCCUCGGACCCGGCCGGCCGCCUCCGCCACCGCCGCCUCCGCCUCCUCCUUCUCGGGGCCAUUAAAGCCAAUGAGCCGCGCGCCUCUGCCCAGCGCAGCCAACUAAAUCGGUUUGGAUGAUUCGCGACCUGAGCAAGAUGUACCCGCAGACCAGACACCCGGCACCGCAUCAGCCUGCUCAACCCUUUAAAUUUACAAUUUCCGAGUCCUGUGAUCGGAUUAAGGAAGAGUUUCAGUUUUUACAGGCUCAAUACCACAGCCUGAAGCUGGAAUGUGAGAAACUUGCCAGUGAGAAGACAGAGAUGCAGCGGCAUUAUGUGAUGUAUUAUGAGAUGUCCUAUGGGUUGAACAUAGAAAUGCACAAGCAGGCAGAGAUUGUCAAGAGGCUGAAUGCUAUCUGUGCACAAGUCAUUCCUUUCCUGUCCCAAGAGCACCAGCAACAAGUGGUGCAGGCUGUGGAACGGGCCAAGCAGGUGACCAUGGCAGAACUGAACGCCAUCAUUGGGCAGCAACAACUCCAGGCCCAGCAUUUAUCACAUGGACAUGGUCUGCCAGUGCCUCUGACCCCGCACCCUUCGGGGCUGCAGCCCCCUGCCAUCCCGCCCAUUGGUAGCAGUGCCGGCCUUCUGGCCCUCUCCAGUGCCCUGGGAGGCCAGUCUCACCUUCCAAUUAAAGAUGAGAAGAAGCACCAUGACAGUGAUCACCAAAGAGACAGAGAUUCCAUCAAGAGCUCUUCGGUAUCCCCGUCAGCCAGUUUCCGAGGUGCUGAGAAGCACAGAAACUCCACAGACUACUCCUCUGAUAGCAAAAAGCAGAAAACUGAAGAAAAGGAGAUCGCAGCUCGUUAUGACAGCGAUGGUGAGAAGAGUGAUGACAACUUGGUGGUUGACGUUUCCAAUGAGGAUCCAUCCUCACCUCGAGGGAGCCCUGCACAUUCCCCAAGAGAGAAUGGCCUGGACAAGACACGCCUUCUCAAGAAAGAUGCCCCCAUCAGUCCAGCCUCGAUCGCAUCCUCCAGCAGUACUCCUUCCUCCAAAUCCAAAGAACUUAGCCUUAAUGAAAAAUCUACCACUCCUGUGUCGAAGUCCAAUACCCCUACUCCACGAAGCGAUGCACCCACCCCAGGCAGUAAUUCCACUCCCGGAUUGAGGCCUGUCCCCGGAAAACCGCCAGGAGUCGACCCCUUGGCCUCGAGCCUAAGGACCCCCAUGGCAGUACCUUGUCCGUAUCCGACCCCCUUUGGGAUCGUGCCGCACGCUGGGAUGAAUGGGGAGCUGACCAGCCCCGGAGCUGCCUACGCGGGGCUGCACAACAUCUCCCCGCAGAUGAGCGCGGCCGCGGCCGCUGCAGCCGCAGCCGCGGCCUACGGGAGAUCGCCAGUGGUUGGAUUUGAUCCACACCAUCACAUGCGUGUGCCAGCAAUACCUCCAAACCUGACAGGCAUUCCAGGAGGAAAACCAGCAUACUCCUUCCACGUUACUGCAGACGGUCAGAUGCAGCCUGUCCCCUUCCCCCCGGACGCCCUCAUUGGCCCCGGCAUCCCCCGACACGCUCGCCAGAUCAACACCCUGAACCACGGGGAGGUGGUGUGCGCAGUGACCAUCAGCAACCCCACGCGACACGUGUACACGGGUGGGAAGGGCUGCGUCAAGGUCUGGGACAUCAGCCACCCCGGCAACAAGAGCCCUGUCUCUCAGCUCGACUGUCUGAACAGGGAUAACUACAUCCGUUCCUGCCGAUUACUCCCUGAUGGUCGCACCCUAAUUGUGGGAGGGGAAGCCAGUACCCUGUCCAUUUGGGACCUGGCGGCUCCCACCCCGCGCAUCAAGGCAGAGCUGACGUCCUCGGCCCCCGCCUGCUACGCCUUGGCCAUCAGCCCCGACUCCAAGGUCUGCUUCUCAUGCUGCAGCGACGGCAACAUCGCCGUGUGGGACCUGCACAACCAGACGCUGGUGAGGCAAUUCCAGGGCCACACAGACGGGGCCAGCUGUAUUGACAUUUCUAACGAUGGCACCAAGCUCUGGACGGGCGGCUUGGACAACACGGUCCGGUCCUGGGACCUGCGCGAAGGGCGGCAGCUGCAGCAGCACGACUUCACCUCCCAGAUCUUUUCUCUGGGCUACUGCCCAACUGGAGAGUGGCUGGCGGUGGGGAUGGAGAACAGCAACGUGGAGGUGCUGCAUGUCACCAAGCCCGACAAGUACCAGCUCCAUCUCCACGAGAGCUGCGUCCUGUCACUCAAGUUCGCCCACUGUGGCAAAUGGUUUGUAAGCACGGGAAAGGACAACCUUCUGAAUGCCUGGAGAACACCUUACGGGGCCAGUAUAUUCCAGUCCAAAGAAUCCUCAUCGGUGCUCAGCUGUGACAUUUCUGUGGAUGACAAAUACAUUGUCACUGGCUCUGGGGAUAAGAAGGCCACGGUUUAUGAAGUUAUUUAUUAAGGACAAAUCUUCAUGCGAACUGGACUCCUCCUUGUAGCACUUUGUUCUGUCAUCCUUCUGUUCCCCCGCAUCCGAAACCAAGGAUUUCCGGUACUCACUGCAGUCGUGGAGCUCAGUCCCCGCCUUCCCCCACUUCCUCCCUGCUGUUGAAUUGUGAAUACUCGUUAAGAACCUGUGAUACCAAAUCUUCAGCUAUCUACUCGGAAGAACAUGGAUAACCCUACUUAACAGUGAAAGGAAUCUUUAAUUAUGUAUUAUAUCUGUAAUAUAUUUAUUUUGUUUAAAGAAGGCUUUCUAACAAUGACUGACUAAAUAAAGCUGUCUGCUCCUGCAUUGAUAAUGAAGAUGCGUUGUAUUUGAUACCCCUCCCCCCCUUUUUUUGGCAAAGGAGGGGAAAGGAAGGUUUAAAAUAACUGAUUAAAAAUGUCACUAAAUGUAGACUAAUGACUGUAUAGAGAUGUGAAAUGUAUAAUUACAUAUGGAAGCAAUAUGUUGCUGUGUUGUUAGAUGUUUUUGUUUUUUACUUAUUUUAAAGAUGUUUGGAAAUUUGAACAAUUAGAAGGUGACAGACCAUGUCAUAUUCAUUUGAGUCCAUUUGGACAACUUUAACCAAUAUAUCUAUAGCUUUAGAUUAUAUUCGAUAAAAGUAAUUGGACUUUUUCUUUUUUUCUUUUUUUGACUUGUUCACAAGUGUCUUUGUAAUAUGUUUUUAAUUCCUUUUUUUUUUAUUGUAUUAUAGACAUAUGAACAAAUUAAAUUUGGCCUCAAAGGGAGAACUUAAUCCCUUCUGGGUAUUUCUGCCACAUUUCUUUGCAGAGGGAGACGUAUACCUUUGGGCAGUUUUGUCAUUACGAGAAAUGAUGGGUUAUUUUUUG